UUAAAAUAAAAAGAUAAAAUAAAUAAAUAGAUAAGCGGUGUGAAUGUGCGGUGUAACGUUGAUUUCUGUCCGCCGUCUCUCACGUGUCCUUCAGUCCGCUGAAGGAGCUUCACGUUAAACAUCGUCCUCAGACUCUGAAUCGGAAUCAUGGCGGUGCAGGUGACUGAAUCCGAUCAGAUCAAACAGUUUAAGGAGUUUCUGGGGACGUACAACAAGGUGACGGAGAACUGCUUCAUGGACUGCGUCAGAGACUUCACCACCAGGGAGGUGAAGCCAGAGGAGUCGAGCUGCUCCGAGUCGUGUCUCCAGAAGUAUCUAAAGAUGACUCAGCGGAUCUCGAUGCGGUUCCAGGAGUACCACAUCCAGCAGAACGAGGCUCUGGCUGCUAAAGCCGGACUGCUGGGACAACCUCGCUGAACCGCACUGAACCGGUCUGAUGUGGACUCAUAACACAGCCCCUGCAGGCGGCUCCUGGUCCAGCAGGUCCAGGACGUUGGCUGAGUAAAGACUGAACUGUUCAUCUGUCUGAAGCCGAGCUGAAGCACUGCUCUGUCUCAGAGCAUCAUGGGAGAUGUAGUGUAAAACAGGAGGGCAGAUGUGCUUAACUCGUGGACACAAACUGUUGAGGUGUCCUUUAAUGUUGUAUUUAAUUUUUCAGUUUUAUGUUGAAAUAUUUUAUUAAACAUUGUGAACAUGUUUUUUUCUUAAUGUGUGGAAAUAAAAAAAUCUAAUGUCACAGUAAAAAAAAAAAAAAAUCAGAAGUAACUACAGUUAUGUUUCAGCAUGUUCAUACGUUGUAUUAUCAUGAUAUGUCAGGAACACCUUGAGGGAUUUGGCACAAACGUCCACUUGGACUCAACGAUGUGAUUAGAAUUUGGUGCUCAAAGGUCAGUGUGACCUCACCAAACAUGUUUUUGGCCACAACUUAUGAACUUAAUUGAAUAAGCAGGUGUCUGGAACUUGUGGAGCAUCUGUGAGUGUCUUCAAGGUUUCCCAGCUUUCGUCACCGAACGUAAUGCCAAGGUGUUUUUUUUCCCAGGCUGCUUUGAAGCCAAAUUAUAUUUGUGAGAAGACCAACAAGUGUCUUCGUUAAGUUUUCUGUGAUUUCUAAGUGGAUUUAUAGACGUCAGAGACCACUAGAGUUGCACUUAUAGUUUACGUGGAUGUCUGUUAAAACAUGAAUGCUGCGCACACAUCUUCCCUCAGCAGCACAAAUCUAUGAUCUAUCAAAGAUCUGUACAAUCAGUACAGUUUUAAAGUGGACACCCAAGAUUAGUGUCACCAAUUCAGUAUCUCACCAAACGUCUCCCCUUCUGUUCCUGAGGUAUGACGUUGAAAACAUUUACAGUCAAGUUGACCUUUGACCUUUUGGAUAUAAAAUGUUAAUCAUUUGUGUGAAAUGUCAUAAUAAGCUACGUAUUCUUGACUCAUGUCCAAAAACAUGUUUUCCGAGGUCACAGCGACCUUUGACCACCAAAUUUUAAUCAGUUCAUCGAUGAGUCCAUGGAAAUUGGCGGCGCAGAUGGUGAGGUGGAAGCCUGAAAUUGUGGAAUGUUUUGGCGCACGCCAUAUUUUGCUUUUGUCUGUCUAUACAUUAUUAGUAUUGAUCUUAUGCACCGUUUUAAAAAUGAGACCGCUGGUCUGAACCGGCUCAAUAAAACACUGCUCUACAAUGAGCAGUUUGAUCCUGAAAAA